UGUGUGUGGAAUGCCUGGUUGUACUUACGAACGGAUUAUUUAACGCUCCGUAAAAAUGGCAACGAUUGCGGAUCGCCACCAUAAGUUCCGAAAUUUUCAUUAUUAAAUUGAGUAGUAAUUAUAUGUUGAAAACGCAAUCGAAACCGUAUUUUGAAAACGAAUUGUAACGACGCGAGUGCGUGAAGUUAAGGACGGUCUGCCUAUAUAUAGAAACUUCUAUAUAUGCACAACUAAUUGCAAAAUAGGUUAAAUAUUUAGUAUUCGAAAUGGGCAAUCAACCGGGCAAGCUGCAGACCGCACACAGUGGACGGCCGAAAAAGAAUGUGCAUUGGAAAUCUGCAGAACGACCCUCUCCGCCGGGCCGACCUAUUCUGACGCCACUGGCGCUCUCUGAGCAACAGCCCGAUGUGGUUAACUUGCGCUGGGAACGCCCGCUGCUGGACGGUGGCUCUCCCAUUACCGGGUAUACAGUCGAGCAGCGACGCGUCGGUUCGCCCCAUUGGGUGCGUGCCACGCCUACACCAAUCGCAAGCUGUGAGAUUCAAAUUAGCGGACUGGAACCGGGUUGGCGUUAUGAGUUUCGCUGUUUUGCGGAGAACAUUGUUGGACGCUCCGAUGCCAGCGAGCUGUCCGAUCCGUUGACGGUGACGCUACAAAGAAAUGCGAUCAGUGUGCCGCGUUUCGUUGAGGAACUGCUUGACAUGAAUGCUGUCGAGGAUGAACGCAUCGAGUUUCGUGUGCGCAUUUUGGGUGAACCGCCGCCAGAGAUUAGCUGGUACAAGGAUGGCUACGAGAUAUUCAGCAGUCGUCGCACCAAGAUCGUCAACGAGAACGAUGUCAGUGUGCUGAUCAUCCAUCAAGUGGCUCUGACCGAUGAGGGUGAGAUCAAAUGCUCUGCGACCAAUCGAGCCGGUCAUGUGGUGACCAAGAGUCGACUCCAGGUGCAGGCACCGCCUAAGAUACGCCUGCCACGUACCUAUGAGGAUGGCCUCAUCGUCGAAGCGGAGGAGGUGGUGCGUCUCAAGGUGGGCGUUGCUGGACAGCCACCACCCGCCAUUACUUGGUUGCAUGAGGGUGAAGUCAUCCCGCCGGGCGGUCGCUUUGAGGUGAUCAACACGGAUAAGAAUUCGCUGCUGAAGAUCGACAAUGUGCAGCGCGCGGAUCGGGGCGAGUACAUGGUGCGUGCCUGGAAUAGACUGGGCGAAGAUAUCACUUCGUUUCUGGUCACUGUCACAGCCAGACCCAAUGCACCCGGUGCCCCACGUCUGAACAUGUCCUUUGGCAAGUCGGCCACACUUUCGUGGACAGCUCCACUCGAUGACGGUGGUUGCAAGAUUGGCAACUAUAUUGUCGAAUACUUUCGCAUUGGGUGGAAUGUCUGGCUGAAGGCGGCGACGACGCGUGCUUUGAGCACCACACUCCAUGACCUGAUCGAGGGAUCCGAGUACAAGUUUCGCGUCAAGGCCGAGAAUCCCUAUGGUCUGAGUGAGCCAUCACAGGAGUCGGAGCUGCUCUUCAUACCGGAUCCCAAGCGUGGCAUUGUCAAGCCUAAGUCAGCCACCAAAAUCGGUGGCGAUGAGCGCAGCAGCAAUGGAAAUGGGGACAAAUCGAAACCGGUGCCACCACGUCGUAAGACGCUAUCACCACCACGUCCACAUGCAGAUGCAGGGACGAGCAUGUCCGCCUCACCGAAGCAAUCGCCGCGGGGUGGACGCAAGCCAACGCCACAGCUGGUGGACAGUGAGGAGCUACGCCAUGAGAUGGCCUACGGCACCUCGGAUCAGGCGCUUAAGAUGAAUGUGCGCAAGAGCCCGUCGCUGAGCAGCGCCGACUCUGCAGCAGUGGCUCAAGCUGGCAGUAGACCUGGCUCCAAUCCCAAGCUAAAUCUGACGGUGAUCACCACAACGGCCCUGAUGGAUAAGCAGCAGGAGAAGCCAACGAAAUCUCCCACUGGAAUUUCUCCACUCAAGCUCUUUAAUCCCAAGCCCAAGGAUAAGUCACCAUCGAAGUCACCACAACCACUGCCGAAGCCACCGCAAGCAAAAUUGGAGCGUGUUCCUCCUCCACUGCCACAGGAUCUACACAAGAGUCCCAUUAAGACGACGCCGGCUCUGCAACGCAGCGCGGAGCCCGUCCAGCUGGGCGUCAAUCAGAAUGUGCGUCGGUAUUCCUCGCAUGCGUUGAGUCCGGCCAAGAAUGUGCCCGCUUUGGCCAUUGCCAUUGCGACCAGUGCCAGCAUUGCUGAGAAAUUGCCCACCAUUGAGAUCAGUGCACCAGAUCCAGAACCAGUUGUGCCGGAACAAACCAUACCAGAGACGCCACCAUCACCUCCAUUGGAGCCGCCCACGACGCCAGUGUCGAAGAGGCGCUUCCAGAAGCCAGCAGCGGACAAACAUGACGAGGUCCACACCAGCAAUGAGUUCAUGCUGGUGGUCUUCGACAAGAACAGCAAGGUCAAGGAUAAAGAUAAGCAAGAUUCCUUCGAGCUGGAACUGGAGGACGCCAUACAGCCGCCACCAAUAUCCAUAUCGGCACCGGAUCUGGCCUUUCUGGAGUUUACCAAUUUGCACACGACCUUCCCGUUACGCCGAUCCGUCAGCUCAACGGAGUUGCUCUACGAGCGGGCCAUGGCACGUUUCUAUGAGGCCGUCGAACUGGAACAGGCAUCCAAGGCGUCGAAGGCCAAGGAGAAGGCAGCUGCAGCAGCAGCAACCAGCGUGCCAGCGAGCACCAUGCGUAAACGUCUCGGCUCCAUGACGGAGGCGGAAAGGGCAUCGUUCGAACGGCGGAGCGAGAUGCGUCGACAGUCGGCGGACAUGGUGCCGCACAUGGGACGCAAAUGGGAUUCGCGGGAGAAUGUCAACAUGAAUCUAACACGCGCCAGCACGAGUCUGAUGCUCCGUGGCGGCGACAGUCGGGAGGAGGAGGAUGUGGAGGAGGAGGAUCGCACGGAGAGUACAGCCGAAGACAGCGAGGAAAUGGAUGAGAAUCUGGAUGAGGAUCAGCUGCAACAGCAGCAGAGUGGCUACGAUAUGGGCUCCGACUACACGGAGAGCACGGCCAGUACUGAUCAGGACUCCAUUGAGAAGUUCAAAAUGGAGUUAUUGGCGCGCACACGUUCGCCCAGUCCACGGGACCUGGAAACGUAUCAUCCGCGCCACAUGGGUGGCGGCACCUUCACUCCAUAUCGUGCUCCGACACCGGAGCAGGCAGCCGUGGUGCUCAAUCGACCAAUGCCGUUGGCCAGUCCAGAUUUUGUGCCCAAGCCCAUCUUGAAGCGUUCGUCCAACGAGCAUGUGGAGCAAUCUGCCAGCCCAACCCAGCCCAGCAGUCCAGUUGUGGCUAACAAUCCGGAUAAUGGCAAUGGAAAUUGCAGUGGCAAUGGCAAUAACAUCCCGGCCAGCGUACCCAGCAGCCCGCCACCCAUUGCUGUUGCAACGCCAAGCUCCAGUCUGAAACUGGAUCUGGCCAAGGGCAUCAAAUCUUUUUUCAGUCGUGAUAAACGCAGCGCCACCGAAAAGAAUACCGAGGCCAAUGCGGAGUUAUCCAAUCCGCUGGAGAAGACCAAUGCGGCGGCGAUUGCCGCCGAUCUGGAGACGAAACGCAAGCUCAAAGAGGAGGAGGAGCUGCGUCGCAAGCAGGAGGAGCGCCUGAUGGAGGAGGAGGCGCACGCAGCUGUCGAUCACUACAGUGAUCUGGUGCGCCAGGUGAGCAGCACCCACAAAUACCACAAGCCGCUCUAUCUCGAUCCGGAUGAACUGAAGCGCGUGGGCAGCCGCAUCAAGGAUGACGAGGACGAUGAGAAUGCUGCCGCGGAGCAUCAGCAGCGACGCGAACAGGAUCAGGAACAGGAGCUGUUGGCACCGCCAGUUGUGAGUCGCGAGCGUCGCUUAUCCAUCUCAGAGCGCGAGCAGCUCGUCCAUGUGCGGGACGUGGCCAGCAGUCAUGCCAUGCACAAGACACCCCAGCAGGAACGAGAGCUGCAGCUGGAGGAUGAGGAGCCGGUGUAUCCCACGGUGUUGAUUGUGCCGCCACCAAAGACAAAGCACAAACAGGAUUCGGAUGCGACCACGGAGAGUGUGAUGAGUGAGAUGGUCGAAGCGCGUCCAGAUGCACGCGGACGCACUCGUCUGGUCAAGGUGAAACGUGUCAUCAAACGCCGAGUGCCCUCGAAGACUCGUUCCCGUGAUCCCUCGGUGACACGAGCCCCCUCGAAUGUCCUCGCCCUGGAAAGCGCCUCCAUCUCCACCAUCGAUCGUGAGCUGCUCGAGAAAGCGGCAACGUUGGCGCUGAUGCAAUCGCGCUCCGAGGAGCAGGCCCACGAGAAGGUGCGUUCGGCGCUGAGCUACUCUACGGAUCUGGUGCUCUUCCUGGUGGCCUGCUACGUCUAUCUGUUCAAGGAUGCACGCCUCGUUCUGCCCAUACUGGCGCUCAUGAUCUAUCGCCAGCUGGGCGAGGCAUUGCGUGGCUAUAUGCCCAGCUGGAUGCGACGCAAGGGUCAGGAUGGUACCUAGGAGGGAAUCCCGCAGUUUGACGUCAUGCGUUUAUCAGUUUAUCGGUUAAGUUAGCUCUUAUCAAUGUAUCGACUUGUAUUUUAAGCUUAAGCCAUUCAAGUUCGGCUUGGAAACGAACUUUCCUUAAAGCAAAUAUCCCCCAGACGUAUACGUAAUCUUGCUAAAAGGCAUAUAGCUAACCGAAUCCACAGAUAUUGUGUAUAGUGAACUAAGUGAAGUCGAGCACUUUGUCUGAUAGUUGGUCUUAUAGACAUUCUUAAUGAGGUCCGCUUAACUGAAUUUAUAAUCUUUCCUUUUCUGGAAGUCCUAUUAAGUUCUUCAAUUUUCUGUUCUAAAUCUGGCGAACUAUUUCUAGAUAGUUCCUUAGAGUUAAUUGAAUGAUCGUCUAAUUGAUAGUCUUCAGUAAUACUCUGCUUCUAUUUACAGAUUCGUACUUAGAUCAUGUUACUCUAUAAUCCAAUAAUUGUUUUCUUUUCUCUCAAGAAUUAUUUCAAACUAAAUCUCUUGGAGUGUUUUGGCUCUUCAUAUUAUUCUGAAAGAAUUAUCAAUGUCAAAGACUUAAUUCAUUGUCCGCUGAGCUCUCUAGCUCUAUUUCAAUAUUAAUACUAAAAUACGUAUUUGGAAACUGUUUCAAGGAAUUUCUGUAUUUAGCUCCAUUCAUAACUCAAGAAGUCAAAAAUCUGUCUGCUGGGAAUUGGUUAACUAUAAGAAUCAAUAACUUACUAAACUUAGGCACCCCUUCGUUGUGUGUUGCGGUAAUAUUACUAUUAUUAUUAUUACUAUUCUUAUUAUUAUUAUUAUUAUCAAAUUGUGUUCGUUUGAGGUUCAUUGUCGGUCUACUGGAUUCUUGGUAAUUUACUUUGGGAAUAAAGCACACAAAAACAAAU